CUGCCAUUUGUCCUCUUUCAUCCACACAGAGGUACAGUUGUGCAUUGAGCCGUUAAGAAUCAAGAACUAGACCAGGCCUCUAUUUCAUACUCUUCCGUUUUUUCAUCGAACAAUUAUCUAUUACCUGUGGACAAGCGAAGAUGGAAACAAAAACAAAGAUCAUCUUUUUCGUGAUCAUGGUGGGCUCAGUGUCAAUGUUAACAGCAGUGGUGACAGAUCACUGGGCUGUGUUGAGUCCUCAAGUAGAGAAUGUAAACACAACAUGUGAGGCGGCUCAUUUUGGCCUGUGGAGACUCUGUAAGAAGCACAUCUACAUCGAUAAAGAGGAAUCAAUUGGUAAAAGCUGCGGACCUAUUAGCUCACCGGGGGAAAUCAACUGUUCAUACUUCAGACAUUUCACACCAGGAGAAGACUCUGAGAUCUUUGAAGUUAAAACUCAGAGAGAGUACAACAUCUCAGCAGCUGCCAUAGCUAUCUUCAGCCUGGCGUUUAUAAUUCUGGGUACUUUGUGUGUGUUGGGUUCUCUCAGGAAAGGAAAGGACUACCUAUACAAGCCUGCAGGCAUGUUCUUUGCUUUCGCAGGUUUGUGUGCCAUUAUCUCAGUGGAGGUGAUGCGGCAGUCAGUCAAGAGAAUGAUAGAAAGUGAGGACACUAUCUGGAUUGAGUAUUACUACUCCUGGUCUUUUGCGUGUGCAUGCACAGGCUUUGUCCUGCUUUUUCUUUGUGGAAUCGGCCUACUGCUCAUCUCCAUGCCACAUAUACCAAGAAACCCCUGGGAAACCUGCAUGGAUGCUGAGCCUGAGCAGAUGUAGAACAUGUCUACCGUACCACGGAGGGUAAACUUGUGCUCCAUAAGAACUCUUUUAUGCAAAAGAGGUCAUUUAUUGAACCUUAUUGUUAUUAUUCUGGAGCAGGUACUGUGAGGAUUUAUAACAUGAUCUUGUGGGAAUUCAUAAUGGUUGGUUCUAAUUUAUGCAUAUGCUGUGCUAGCUAAAGUGGUGCGUAAAAUGUGGUGUAAUUACUACUUAUACAAAGAUAGUAGUUACAGAUUUGCCACUGUGGUCAUACAUUUAGAGAGUAUAGACCUAUUUCAGCAGACACAAAGUGUCACACAGCCCUUUCCACCACCUCAUCCCAGAAAAUAGCCUAGCUUUUAAAAAUGUAUAUUAUUAUAUGCAUUUAACAUCUUAAGAUUUAAAAUGUAAAAAGAAUAUUUGGGUAACAAUCUUUAGAUAACAAUCUUUUGUGUAAUAAUGCUGUAACCAUCCCCCCAGAUAGCACAAUCCAUCUGGUUUACGUCUAUUUGACGUCUGCAUUUACAUCUGUAAGACAUCUGCAAUACAUAGUUUGCUCAUCUGCAAUACGUCUCGGAGACGUCUGAACGUCUGUAAUACGUCUGCUAAAGAUCUGGAGAUCUGCUGCUUAAAAACAUCUGCUAAACAUCUUAGAAAGAGCUGUUGUACAUCCAUUCUAAAUCAUAAACAUCUUACAGACAUCUUCUAGAUGUCUAUAUGACGUCUGACAGCAGACAUCUCCGAGACGUAUUGCAGAUGAGCAAACUAUGUAUUGUAGAUGUCUUGCAGAUGUAAAUGCAGACGUCAAAUAGACGUAAACCAGAUGUAUGUGUGCUAUCAGGGUAUGUUUAGAUUGAUUACCAUGGUCAUGUUUAUGACACUGGGAUGGUCUGAAAGGAGAAGGGUUGCUGAACAACUCUGUGAUCACCAGGGUAUUGAAGGAAGUGAUUCAUUGUUAGUUAACACCUGGCUGACAUAUUUUCAGGAUGAUCUGUACUGUAUAAAUAUGAAGAGAGUGAAUUUUAAAUAAAUGCAU